GUGUUUGUGUCUAUGGUUGUGUGCAUUUAACUGUAGUGUGAGUGUGUGUCUGUGUGUUUUGUCUGACUCAUGUCCUGAUAGGCUGUUCGAGAGAGGAGGCUGUGUUGUGGAGCGCACACACACACACACACUCACACAACAGUUCCUGACAGAUGAGAGCACAGAGCACUUGGCAGGAAGGAGAGACGGACGGACACACACAUACACUCACUUCAACAUCCUCACCAGUGAAGAGGGUUAACCACCGCCGUUGGACAUGAGCCUGACCACACUGUGGGUCACACUGGGCCUGUGGACUGCAGCGUUGGCUGCAGUGACUGAGUUGUACCCAGCCACAAAGUCCUCCGUAAUCCUGACCUGUGAUUGUGAAACCACGUCAUGUCAGAGAAUCUACUGGUACAGGAUCCGCCAGAGUGACGGCGUGUACGAGCACAUCUUGUUCAUCAAUGGUGCUGGCAUUGAGGAAGUCUCACAGACAUCCCUGCAUGGCCGACUUCAGGGUCGCAAGGGGGGCAGUAAGAGCUACACCCUCACAGUCAGUGACCUGCGGUUGGAGGACGCUGGUUGGUACUCCUGCUUUAUCCCAAAACAAACUGAGUUCCCCGGAUGGCGGCUACGAGUCGGGGAGAUACCCCCCACCCAACAACCCCAAACCACCACCACCACCACCACCACACGGAGAAGGUACAAGCCGAAACAUGGCCCUUCUUGCUGUUUCAGCUAUCUCCCUCCACAAGGCUGUGGAAAAUGGGUUCUUUGGCCACUCUCAGGAGGUCUCAUUGUUCUGGCCGUGCUUCUGGUUGCUGUCCUGUAUUAUUUUAGCCGACUGCCCAAGAAAUGCAGACACCGGUUUGUGAAGGGAAAGCAGCUGGGAUAAGUGGACUGAAGUGUCAAUCAGAUAGUGAUGCUUCAGUUUUCCUCCAUUGGCUGGGUGCUUGGUUGUAUGUAUUGGAUCCCCCUGUCUUCAUUUCUGAUAAACUCCCAGAUUAAAUCUCUUCAGUUUAUCUUUUGCAUGUAUUUCAUGAUGAUUACAUGACAGUACAUCUCUUCAUGCCGCAGUCUACAUUUAUAUGUACAGUUACUUUUAUAUGUUUUAUACGAACUUUGGCACUUGCUUAAUAAAGCUAUCAAUGUAGAAAAUGA